CUCUGCUCGAGAUCAGGUGCCAGGUGCCUGUAUCUGGGACGAUGGCCAAUGGACGAGUUGAUUUCGCAAUUGCACAUCGGGGCCACAAGCAAGUGCUCUGCGUCGUGGAGGUGAAACACCAUGCUUCGGAAACCAGCAGCUUCCCUCAGCUCAUUGCAGGGAUGUACACAGUCUUGAAAAGUUGUCUUGCUGUGCAUAAUGCCUUACCUUCUCCCCAAACAAGUAUGUGUUUCGGGAUAUCGACAGACUAUGCAACAUGGGUCACGUUCCGGAGUACCCUCCAGAGGUUGCCCUCAGGAAGCCUGACCAUGUUCAAGGUGCAAAAAGCAACGGUUGCGCAAAACUUGUCUUUUGCGCCAACAACUAAAGAAGGCAAAGCACGCGUUUUGAGCCUUCUCGGCAAGGUGUUGUCAUUCUUCUCUGUGAUCCACGCUUGGUCUGCAUCCGAUGUGAACGUGGGAAAGACCGGGAACAAGGGAGCCGGAAAGGCCAGGAAAACGUGAGUAGAAGUAAUUAGGCAGCAUAGGAAGUGAGUUGCAGUCUAG